GAUCGCCUUGCAUUAGGAACAAAUAUUGCUAACUUAGAAAGCUAUUUACUAUUAAGGAGCUUAAGAACUUUUGAACUUAGAAUAUUGAGACAGGCGGACAAUACCGAAAAGCUUGUCAAGCAUUUGGUAAGCAAUCGUGAUAAGUAUCCUAAAUUAAAGAAAAUUUAUCACUCUUCUUUACAAACCGAGUCAUUUGUUAAGAAACAGUUACCAAAUGGAUAUUCACCUGUUUUCUGCAUCGAACUAGACAACGAAUCAAAUGCAAAAGAAUUUCCAUCCAAAUUGCGCUAUUUCCAUCAUGCAACUUCUUUAGGUGGAGUGGAAAGCUUGAUUGAAUGGAGAGUUCUUAGUGAUCCAGGUAUAAUCCCAACAUUGUUAAGAGUUAGUGUUGGUGCUGAGAAUGCUGAUGAUUUAAUUGCAGAUUUUGAUAAGGCUUUGAGAUCUUGA